ACAAUAGUCUGGUUUUCACAUCUCUAGGCAAAUAUGGGGAUUAUCGACUUCAUCAAGGAUAUCAUUCGCCCCGGUAACGGGGUGGACUACCCCAAGAAUGGCGACAUGGUGACCGUUCACUAUCAUGGCUACCUGUACGAUCCGACGCGGUCGUGGAAUAGGGGUCGUCGAUUCGACAGUAGUAUCAAAAGAGGAUACCCGUUCACUUUUCAGAUUGGAAUGGGAAAGGUGAUUAAAGGCUGGGAGGUAGGGAUCCUCGGUAUGAGUCUUGGUGAAAAGUCUCUUCUUACAUUUGGCCCGCAUUAUGGAUACGGUGAACGGGGAGCCCCUCCAUUCAUCCCCGGGAAUUCCACACUGGUUUUUAAUGUCGAGCUGCUAGCGAUCAAUGGUAGGACUGUUCAGUCAGAAGACUCGGAGUAAUCGAAUUGGUUGAAUACUUCUCGAAACUUGCAUAUCAUAUUUUCGAAUAGAUGGUGUUGUAUUACUGCAUGUUUUAUUUAGCCUGAGGUCCAGAAUUCACGUUCCUAUUUUUGCGCAUGUA